GUCACUUGCCCACUUUUCCACAAUCAUGUCCCCUACUCUCUGUUCUCAUUUAACAUGUGCUGCAAAUUUAUGCUUAUUUUCCUUUUCUUAUUAACUAAACUGAGUCUUAUUGAGCAUGUUCAAUUCUUCUACUCAAAUCAUGUUAUAAUUGUAGGAGCAUUUCUUUUUCAAAUUAAAGCAGCACCAGUACACCCCAUUUUUUCUUCAUAAACCAAACUCCAAACAGGACUGCUUGCCUUGCUGAACCAGUUGUCUGGAUUUAAAACAGAUUAUUUCUAGAAGUUUGGUAUGAUGUCAAGGAGUUUCUUGGACGGCGGGGAGUCCUCCGGGAACGCGCCGCCGGAGAAGCUGAGGUUUUCUCAGACUUGUAACCUCCUCAGCCAGUUCCUUAAAGGGAAAGGCAGUAUAAGAGACCUCAAUUUUGAACCGGAAAAAUUGGGAACAAAAAAUGAGGAACCCAUCAAUCUUUUUUCUCCACAUGCCCCUGCUCUCACUACUCUCCAAGAUUCCAGUGAAAAGCAGGCAUCAAUUGACACUAGGACUGCUCAAAUGACUAUAUUUUACGCGGGACAAGUUUUGGUUGUUGAUAAUCUUCCGGCUGCUAAUGCCAAGGAAGUUAUGCAGUUAGCAAGCAAAUAUAACAAUGCAAACAAAGCGGCUGACAAUUUUUGUGGCACCUCUAAGCCCUCUGCCUCUGCGACUAUUCAGGCCAGAGAUAAUCAGGCGCAACCACCAGACUCGGAUCUUCCAAUCGCGAGAAGAGCAUCACUUCAUAGGUUCUUGGAGAAGAGGAAGGACAGGGCCAGCGCAAGAGCGCCAUACCAAUUCAACAAUACAUCUGGAGAGUCUUCCAAGCAAAAGUUUGAUCUCAAUAUGUAGUGACCACAUGGAAUCUUUCAAAUUUCUCCAAAUAUCGCAUUUUGGCGCAUCUUAUUCAGAAGUCUUAUAGAUUUAAUCGUAUUAUUGUUGUAAUAUUUGAAGGGUUCAAAUACUAUAUGUCCAGCCAGACUGAGACUUGUAGGCCUUGAAGAUUUGUACUUGUAGACUAUAAUCUGAAGUUACAUAUGUGUAAGGAGAAUCAACUAACAAUGUUUAAAGACCUUGAACA